AUGGCAGAGACAACAUUCUUUCUCUUCCCCGAAUUGACGCCUGAACUUCGCCACCAAAUUUUGCACGAGACCUUACCGAAACACACUGGGCCGAGUCUAUUCUUCUUCAAAGAAGGAUGUUGGCGCCUAGAACCUGAGAGUCUUGUACCAGAGACAGGCGAUGUGGAAAUGUGCUUCCAUCACGACCUGUUGGACGAUGAUGUCCAAUUUGAUGUACCUCUUUUCUACGUCAGCCGCGAGGCUCGCAUCACUGCGCUGUAUUGGUUCCACGAACAUGGUAUCAAGAUCAAACCACGCGAUAAUGGCCAGCAUAUUUUCGCACGCUCCUUCAACCCCCAGCUCGAUGCAUUAUAUGUCACGCCCGACAGAUGGAACGCAUUCUACCAAGGAGGCUCGAAUGAUAUGGAAGGUGAACCUUUCGUCGUCAAAUCAGAACCUGAGCGUCUUGCUGUGUCUCUAGACUUCUUUUUACGCCCCAUCGUCAUCGACACGUUGCCAGAAGCAAUGCGGUGGUACAACAAAGCUACGGAGCUACUAUUAGUUAUCGGCAAAGAGCCUGAUCAACGAAGGGGACUCGGGCAGUGGGAGUUGCACAUCUCACAAGAUGGGGUAUCCAUCUGGAAUCGCCAUAGCGGCGACUUUGAAUUUCGCGGAACAGGCGAGAAUAACAUCGAAAAUAAGGCUUCUUAUGAUAACGUGAGGGAUGCUCUUAGUAAUGAAGCCUUGUUGAAGCGAUUUGUUGAGAUAGAUAUCCAAACUUUGGAGGUUCGACUUGCACUUACUAUCAGAAGAUAG